AAAGUACAUUCGUAGACGCAGUCGCAGCGGCCAUGAUUCUUUUAGUCGCGACGCACUGAGCAAUCUGAAAUAUUGCAUAUCGCCACAAAAAUUUUGCAAAUGCAGAUGAACGAGUAUAAGUAUCAUUACUUCUUCACUAGUUUCGACAUCGAAACAUUCGAUCUGGAUGAUUUUAAAUAUAAUUUCGUAAAUAUUACCUCGUUUCGUCUAAUAGAUGUUGGCGAUGUGAGCGUGCGAAGUAUACUUAAGGGCAUGGAAGUGUACAACAGCCAGUAUAAAAACGAAUCAAUUUACCACAGGAAACUGCGUACAAUACAGACGGAACCAGCCUUAGUAUACGAUUCUGUUUACAUAUUCGCUAUAGGCUUAAAAACCUUGGAACAAUCACAUACUCUGCGUAUUUCGAACGCUUCAUGUGAGGAGGAAAUCCCAUGGGACGGAGGUUUAAGUUUGAUAAACUACAUAAACUCGGUGGAGUGGAGGGGUCUGACCGGUCCCAUACAAUUUAAAGAAGGUCGACGAGUUCAAUUUAAAUUGGAUCUAGUCAAGCUGCGGCAACAUUCCAUAGUUAAAGUGGGGGAAUGGUCUCCAGAGACCCGUCUCAAUAUAACCGAGCCUUCAUUGUUUUUUGAUGCGGGUGCAUUGAAUGUUACGCUAGUUGUUAUUACAAUAUUGGCGCUCCAGAAGAUGCCAUACAGCUGUAAUGAGUGUUGCUCGUCAAGUCACUAGCGGUAGGAGGUGGAAAGGUGGCACGAAGAAAUACUGCGCUGUUGUUACCUUAGACAUAAAAAAUGCGUUCAACUCCGCAAGCUGACCCAGAUUAUGAGUGCACUGAGAGGUUGAUGGAAGCAUCUGGACGUGCUGCAAGCGUUAUGCAACGAUGCAAUUAUAAAAAUUAGAAGAUGGCUUGGAUAUGUGAAGAUAGAACUUGCAGCUCAAAAAACUGAAGUCGUAGUACUGACAACACGACGGGUACGUAAAGAGUUAGUGAUUACGGUAGCUGAUCUCCAACACGUACUUGACGCCUUGGCAGUAGUCAGUGCCUAUCGCACUGCCUCAGAUGACGCAAUCCAUGUGAUAACGGGAAUGGUGCCUAUCGAUCUUCUUGCAGUUAAGAUGUAUAGGGUUCAUAACUCCAUUGGGCAGAAACAGUCGAGCGUGGUUAAAAGACAAGAAAAGCUGCGAACAACUGAAUAAUGGCAGAUACGGUGGGAGCAAUCUGAGAAAGGUAGGUGGACCUUCGAACUGAUUCCAAACAUUGCGAGGUGGAUUGAGCAAAAACACGGAGAAAUUGAUUUUUGUAUCACACAGUUGCUUACUAGGCAUUGUUGCUUUAAAGCAUACUUACACAGGUUCCAUCUUGAAAACGACCCGUACUGCCCUCA